AUGGAUGUUCUGCAUGCACCACCAUCACUGUUCAACACUCACAUCGAAAAACUAGCUACACUUGCAAGCAAGACUAUCUUAAAACCAUUACGAACAGCGCUUGACCAACAAGAUACUUCUGUUCCUCGUACAGCAUUAACGUCUGAUUCUAUCUCAAGUCUUUUUAUGUCUGACAGAUAUAGACCGCCUUCUGGCCCAAAGGGUCCUAGAGGACCUCGAGGGCCGCCACCUUCAAGUUACAGGGAUAGCCGAAAUCUGGGUCCCCCAAGAAGAGGCAAUGACAGAGAUGUUUACAGGCCAAAUGAUAAACGUUCAGAUGAUCGUCUGGGUUACUAUCAGGAUAGAAAUAAGAACGAGAGGUAUGAAAGACCUAAUCGCAGUGACAGGCCCUCGGGCCCAUCUGGCUUCAAAGGUCAAAAGCGUGGGCCUCCCGAAAGAGAUUCCAGAGAUGACGAUAGGCCCAACAAGAGAAGAGAUUUUAGUUCUCGAGACUUUGAUAAUGAACGCCUGGUAAACGAGCGUCCGACUAAUGGUAAAAUUGACAUGGACCGUGCUCCUAAAGCACCUCGCUCCUCAGGAGGGCCUGGCCCUCGUCCCGGUCCGCCUUCUGGUCCUCGUCCAGGUCCUUCUUCUGGCCCUCGUUCUGGUCCACCUCGCUCUGGUCCCCCUGGCCCGCGUCGUGGGGGCGGUCCUUCUGGACCCGGCUCUGCUCCUAUUACUCGUGACAAGCCUACGGGGCCAAAAAAGCGCAUUCCAAACACAAUUAAUAACAAACCGCAUCCAAGUGCCACUGGUAGAAAACCGCAGCAACGACUUCAGCCUUCUCAGGUGUAUUCUCUUUUCAACAACAGAACCAAUGAGCUCUAUAAGCGUGUUCAGCAAGUGGGUGAAGGUACCUAUGGCAAAGUCUAUAAAGCUAAAAACUCUAUUACAGGCGAGUUCGUUGCCUUGAAAAGGUUGAGGUUGGAAAGCGAAAGAGAAGGGUUUCCAAUUACUGCGAUGAGAGAGAUCAAGCUUCUUCAAAGUUUUGAUCACCCAAAUAUCGUCGGGUUGUUGGAAAUGAUGGUAGAGCACAAUCAAAUUUUCAUGAUAUUUGAUUACUUGGAUCAUGAUCUCACGGGCUUGCUCACGCAUCCUGAUCUCACACUUUCAGAAGGUCACAGAAAGACCAUUUUCAAGCAGCUCAUGGAAGGCAUGAGUUAUCUUCAUAGGAGGCGAGUCAUUCAUAGGGACAUCAAAGGGUCAAACAUCUUGUUGAAUCGUGAUGGCGUUGUGAAAGUUGCUGACUUCGGUCUCGCGAGAACUAUGAAAGUGCUUAAAGAGGGUGAGAGCCCUGAUUACACUAAUCGUGUCAUCACAAUAUGGUAUAGACCCCCUGAGUUACUCCUUGGAUCUGUGGAUUAUGGACGUGAAGUUGAUAUCUGGGGUGUCGGGUGUCUACUUAUUGAAUUAUACACCAAGAUGGCAAUUUUUCAAGGAACAGAAGAAGUUUCCCAACUUCAUAAGAUAUUUGAUAUCAUGGGUACUCCGUCUGUUGACAGCUGGCCAGAUAUUGAGAACUUGCCCUGGUUUGAAAUGCUAAAGCCUCGUAUAAACAAAAAGGCAAGUUUUGAGAAAGAUUUCAAGCCACUAAUGUCUGAGCAGAGUUUCGAUCUCGCACAAAAGAUGUUGACCUUGGUUCCUGAGAAAAGGCUCACAGCAGACGAGGUACUUGAGCAUCCAUACUUCACCACUGACCCCCAGCCCGAACCUUUGGAUUUCAUGCAGACACUAGAGGGCGAGUGGCACGAGUUUGAGACGAAGCAGAGAAGAAGAGAGGAGCGCAAGCGCUUACAUGAGCUAAAAGCAAAGGGCAGAGAGGUAUCUCUCCCUCCAACCCAACCAAAGGCGCCAAAUCCAGUGAAUGAAACUUCUGCAUUCCAGACGCCUCUCACCGCAGAAGGUUCUGUUAAAGACGAAAUGAAGGGGAGUUUGAAGGCAGAAGAGGUCGAGAAUUCGGUUAUGGGCGUAGCUGACCUGGUCGAUCCCAAUGCGUCGAAUCCACAAGAAUCUGAGAAUGACGGCAUUGAGGAUAUUGAGCACAAAGACGUGGAUGAGCCGGUUGAAAAGGCCGUUUAA